AUGCGCAAAAGUUACGAUACGCAGGUCGCAACGAACGCCCCGAACAAUGACGCGUCAGCGCGAGCGGUUACGCUACCCAGCUUGCUGCUGUUCGGGACGCGAGGAGCGGCAAUAAUAGCGUCUGCGGUACUGAACUGUGUUGAGCGUUUACGACAGGCUCGGGAGGACGUAUCGUCCCAACGUUGUUGUUUCCAGUACGCGGGAAGCGAGCAUAGCUUCUGUCGUACUGAACUGCGUCGAGCUUUUCAAAGCAGGCUCGCGGGGACGACCGCUCAGCCCGAGUUGGCUCCGGUCGGGAGCUCGCCUCCACUUCCGAACGGUGGUCUGUUUCGAGCGGAGAGGCUCGUUUUGGGCGGUGUCGAACCGGACACCUCACCAGGAGGCCCUGCGGUGCAGCACCACCUGAUGCAGCAGUCCCAGCAGCACGCGGACGACUCUUGUACAACCGCAGCGCAGCCGAGCUUGGACUGGAGUGAGCUUGAGGUGUUCGAAAAAAUAGCCUCGGGCACAGACACGGACAUCUUCCGAGCUUCUCUCCACGGCGAUGCGGUCGCUGUGAAGGUACUCUCCAAGUACGCUUCUACCGACGCUGAAGACGCUUUUAAUCGCGAGUGGAGGACCUUCGUGGAGCACGACCUCAGGCACCAGAACAUCAUCCGCUUCUACGGCUGGGGCUAUCGACCAAACGGGGAGCGCUUUCUUGUCGUAGAGCACGCCAAAGGCGGUAGCUUGCGGCAAGCACUGACUCGGCGACUCUGGAAGGACAUCGGACGAGUGGUUCGCCUCGCCCGCGACAUUACCGCUGCACUCGAGUACCUACACAGCCGAAACAUUAUCUACAGAGACCUCAAGUCCAGCAACGUACUCCUGGAUGCGUCCUGGAAUCGAGCGCUGCUGUGUGAUUUCGGAAUCGCCAGAGCGAUGAUAGGCGAUGGUGCAGGCCAAAUGACCCGCGAAUGCGGUACCUAUCAGUACAUGUCACCUGAGGUGAUUCUCGGGAAAGCAGACUACGGCGAGAAAGCAGAUAUCUACAGUUUUGGCAUCCUUUUGAAUGAGAUGUGCACGGGGGAGAUUCCCUUCAGUCGUCAGCGACUCCUUCCUGUGCAGGCUGCGGCAGCGGUGGUGAACAAGGGUCUGCGACCCGGUAUGCGCGGCUCCGUAGAGCGCAAGUAUCCAGAGUUGCACGCGCUCAUUCGCAAGUGCUGGGCGCAACGGGACGAUGCUCGACCCACAGCUGCGGAAGCACGCGCUGAACUGGAUGCCAUUCUGGUUAAAUAUUUUUCUGCGGAUCAGACGCCGACCGCAGAUGCGCAGCUAUCCACGGCCACAACUUGA